AUGUAAUCACAAAAUCAAGAUUAUGUGAAAUGUAAGUUUUGUAAAGAAAGAAUACCUAUUCCUCAGAUGUAUGCCCAUAAGCUAGAAUGUAAUUAAUCUAAUCAUUCUAAUUACAUAUCUGAAAUCAAUUCAGUUGUAAAACAAAAUCAAUCUCAUUUAUAAAAAUCUAGAGUUCCAAAUUAAGAAACAAAUUUUCAAUAAAACUCAUCCAAAUAAGAUGUUCAAUUUGUAGAAUCAAAUAUAUAUCCUUAAUAAAAAGAGAGCAACUUUAAAUAAUACUAAUAAUCUAUAAAUAAUGAUGGAAAUUCUAACUAUCCUUAAUAAAACAACACUUAAGAAAUAUAACAGUUGAAUUAAUAGAGUAGUAAUAUAUAUACUGAGUCAUUAUUGAAUUAAGCAUAGAAGAAAUGUUAAUACUGUGAUUAAGAAUAUCCAAUUUAAAUGCUAGAAUAACAUUAUCCUUUAUGUGAAACUAAAAUAUUAAUUGAAAAGUUAUCUUUAGCUGAUGAUUAAGAUGAAAACAAUCAUUAUUAAGACUAAUAUCAAUAAGAUAGUCAUAUGAAUUAGAAUUAUCAUUAUUAACAAUAAUAUAAUGAUGAUAUUAACAAUUCUAAUCCUUAUUUAUCAUAAAAUCAAAAUUCUUCUAUUGUUACAAGAAUUUAAGAAGUAUUAUUACCUGAUGGAAAAAUUAAAAAAACAACAACUACUAAAAAUUAAAUUACAGGAUAAACUACAGAACGAAUAGAAAUAAUAUCAAGAAAUUAAUAAUAAUAAUAAUAAUAAUAAUAAUAAUAAUAAUAAUAAUAAUAAUAAUAAUAAUAAUAAUAAUAAUAAUAAUAAUAAUAAUAAUAAUAAUAAUAAUAAUAAUAAUAAUAAUAAUAAUAAUAAUAAUAAUAAUAAUAAUAAUAAUAAUAAUAAUAAUAAUAAUAAUAAUAAUAAUAAUAAUAAUAAUAAUAAUAAUAAUAAUAAUAAUAAUAAUAAUAAUAAUAAUAAUAAUAAUAAUAAUAAUAAUAAUAAUAAUAAUAAUAAUAAUAAUAAUAAUAAUAAUAAUAAUAAUAAUAAUAAUAAUAAUAAUAAUAAUAAUAAUAAUAAUAAUAAUAAUAAUAAUAAUAAUAAUAAUAAUAAUAAUAAUAAUAAUAAUAAUAAUAAUAAUAAUAAUAAUAAUAAUAAUAAUAAUAAUAAUAAUAAUAAUAAUAAUAAUAAUAAUAAUAAUAAUAAUAAUAAUAAUAAUAAUAAUAAUAAUAAUAAUAAUAAUAAUAAUAAUAAUAAUAAUAAUAAAAAUAAUAAUAAUAAUAAUAAUAAUAAUAAUAAUAAUAAUAAUAAUAAUAAUAAUAAUAAUAAUAAUAAUAAUAAUAAUAAUAAUAAUAAAUAUUUUAGCAACAACUAUUUAGUAGACCAUUUUAAGAUUAAAUUCAAAGUAGCAAUUUUGGUAAUUAUUUUGAUUAAAUUUUUAAUCCUAAUCUAUUUUUGAAUUAAUCAAGGGGAAGAAGAAAUAUUUUUAUGCCAAUGACGUAAUUUCUAUUAUUAUUUUAGGAAUUCUUUUUUUAUUCCUUAAGUUCAUUAGUAAUUAGAAAAUUUAGCAGUUAUAAAAUAUAUACCAUAUGAAGGUCUUUCAUAAGAAUAUAAAUAAUGCUCUAUAUGUCUUACUAAUUAUGAUGAUGGUGAAGAAUUAAUCCUACUUCCAUGCAUACAUAGAUUUCAUAAGUCUUGUAUUUCAGAAUGGUUCAAAUAAUAAAGUACAUGUCCUAUAUGCAAAACAGAUAUCACUGAAUAAGAAAUGGGAUUUGAGGAAGAUGAUUAAUCUUGA